AUGACGAGAGGUGGCCGGCGUUGGGCGGCGGUGGAGGACGGCGGGCGGAGGUGGGAGGUGGCCGGCUGCGGAGGACGACGACAAGAGGGGGGCGGCGGCAAGAGGUGGCUGGUGUUGGGCGGUGGCGAGAGGCGGGCAACUGCAAAGGAUGGCAGGAGGCUGCUGGCAGGUAGGGGUGAGCACGGUUCUAGGAGGAGCUCCGCGCGCGGCGUCGGCAUUUCAGAGGCGGGCUACGGUGGCGCGCGGCAGCAGUUGGGCGGCGGCAGCAAAACAGGGGGCAGCGGCAACGGGAAUAGGAGGGUGGUCGACGACGAUGACGAUUCGGACGUCGAGAUGCUGAGCAUCUCGAGCGGGGACGAGGAUUCUGCUAAGGAUCGCGCGGGUUCGAGGGCUAGAGGUGGCGCGAGUGGUGGUUCGAGGCCCGGGAGGGACGACGACAGAGCGUGGGAUGGCGAAGAACCUGAUUGCUGGAGGCGCGUGGACGAAGACGAGCUCUCAUGA